CUCAUCAUCUUGACCCAAACUUCAAUGCCCAACAUUGGAUUCAACAGGGGCUCAGCCAUCAUGCUCACAUCCAAGGAGAAAGGCUCCACCUUUCUGCAGCUGGGCUCAUCGACGGAGCAGCAGCUGCAGGUGAUGUUCGAGGUGCUGGAGGAGUACGACUGGACGGCCUUCGCUGUCAUCACCACCCUCUUCCCCGGCUACGAGGACUUUGUGGAUUAUAUCGAGGUGCUGACCGACAGCAGCUUCAUUGGCUGGGAACACCGGGGCGUCCUGACCCUCAACCUGACCGAUGACCCUGAUGGCUCCCGGCUCAAGCGCCAGCUGCGGGAGAUCCCUGCCCAGAUCCGCCUGCUCUACUGCUCCCGCGAGGAGGCGGAGAGCAUCUUCCAGGCAGCGCGGGAUGCCGGCCUCACCGGACCUGGCUAUAUCUGGUUCAUGGUGGGCACGAACCUGGGUGGCACUGACUACAUGCCUGAGCACCUGCCCGUCGGCCUCUUCACAGUGCUGUCGGCCGGCUGGCGGGACGACCUGCACCACCGCGUCCAGAACGGGGUGGCCAUCAUUGCCAAGGGUGCCGAGGCACUCUCCAGGGACUACGGCUUCAUUCCCGAGUUCAACAACGACUGCCGGGCACCCAACCUCAGCCAGAUCCAUGAAAACCUCCACCGGUAUUUCAUGAACAUCACAUGGGGGCAGAAGGAUUUCUCCUUCAAUGAGGACGGCUACCUCAUCAACCCAUCGCUGGUUGUCAUCUCCCUCAACAAGGAGCGCACUUGGGAGGUGGUCGGGAGCUGGGAGCACCAGAUCCUACGCAUGAAGUACCCGGUCUGGUCGCGCUAUGGCAAGUUCCUGCAGCCGGUGGACGACGACCAGCACCUGACGGUGGCCACGCUGGAGGAGCGGCCCUUCGUCAUCGUCGAGAACAUCGACCCGGCCACCGGCACAUGCAUCCGGGACUCGGUGCCCUGCCGCAACCAGCUGAACCGCACUGACAGUCACCCCACGGACCCACUGCUUUUUGAGAAGAAAUGCUGCAAAGGAUUCUGCAUCGACAUCCUCAAGCGCCUGGCUAAGACCGUGGGCUUCACCUACGACCUCUACCUGGUCACCAACGGCAAGCACGGCAAAAAGAUCGACGGGGUCUGGAACGGCAUGAUCGGGGAGGUGUUUUACCUGCGUGCAGACAUGGCCAUCGGCUCCCUGACUAUCAACGAGGAACGCUCCGAGAUCAUCGACUUCUCCGUGCCCUUCGUCGAGACGGGCAUCAGCGUCAUGGUCUCACGGAGCAACGGGACCGUCUCGCCCUCCGCCUUCCUGGAGCCCUACAGCCCAGCUGUCUGGGUGAUGAUGUUCGUCAUGUGUCUGACCGUGGUGGCCGUCACCGUCUUCAUCUUCGAGUACUUCAGCCCCGUGGGUUAUAACCGCAGCCUGGCCGACGGGAAACGCACGGGGGGCUCCAAGUUCACCAUUGGCAAGUCCAUCUGGCUGCUCUGGGCUCUGGUCUUCAACAACUCGGUGCCGGUGGAGAACCCCAAGGGCACCACCAGCAAGAUCAUGGUGCUGAUCUGGGCCUUCUUCGCCGUCAUCUUCCUCGCCAGCUACACGGCCAACCUGGCCGCCUUCAUGAUCCAGGAGGAGUACGUGGACACGGUGUCGGGGCUGAGCGACCGCAAGGUGAGGCUCCCCCUUCUGCUGCCUGCCCAAUCCCCGUCCCCACCGGCCACCCCUCCCCUGCCGCCGGGAGCCGAGUGCAAUCAAUCCCUGGAUGCU